AUGUCUGAAGAAUCUGUAUCUAUACCAUCGAUCUGGGCUUCGAUGAUCAGCUGGUUCACACCCACUGUCUUCUUCGUUCUCCUCAAUGUGAUGAUAGGCACCAUUUUCGUUACCUCAGGCUUGGCAAACCAGAAACAGCACCAACAACCGCAGGAAGUUCAAGACGAUUCACAACAGCCCAAACUCACUAGAUCUCCCUCUGUUCUUCAACGUCUCAGGUCCAUCAACCUCUACGGCUACAGAUCCCAAGAACCACACCCGUCACACUCCAUCACCAAACAAAACCCAGAUUCAGAUACCCAUUUCCCUCUUCCACGAACCCAUCAACAAGAAAACCUAGAAACACAGACCCAGUACGUUUUUCUCCAAUCCCAAGAACAACAAACCCUCGAAGAAACACAAACCCAAUUCAGUUAUGAACAAAGAAUGCAGGAAACACAGACCCAGUACGGUUUUGAACAAGCACAUGAAGAAAAGACCCAAAAAACCGAUACCCAAUACAAUUUUGAGCAAACCCAUAUUGAAGCUACUGAGGAAUUAGAAGAGACUGAAGAGCUACAAACCCUGGAUGAGGUGUACAGUCAACUUACGGACAGUCACGUUAGCCGGACCAAGUCUGAUACCAAGCCAGCAUCCGGUGAGGUCCCGGCGAGACUGCCGGCGAAGAUGAGGAAGUCGGCGAGUUUGAAGUCAGCUUUUGGGCAUUUUGAGGAAGAGGAAAUUGUAGAGGCUCGUCGUCCGGCUACUGUGAAAGAGAGGAGUGCUAGAGUGACUGAGGAUGACGACGAGGUUGAUGCCAAGGCUGAUGAUUUCAUCAAUAGGUUCAACCAACAGUUGAAGUUGCAGAGGCUGGUUUCAAUCCUCAGAUCUCCACUGUUCGUGGAGUUGAAAUUGUUAGUUAAACAUUGCCUUGCCCUCUUUAUCAUUGUACUUCAUGGAUGGACAUUUUGGUCAUUUGGUUCUGCGAUAAUGUCCGUGGUCAUGGGAAACCAUGGCGGGUGGAGGGAGAUAAGAAACCUACCUGUUCAUGGUUCAGAAAAAGGUGAAGAGAAGUUGCAGAGGAUUGUUUUUACCUUGAAGCCCGUAGAUUUUAGCUUCUGA